AUGUCAUUAUAUUUUGAAACUAAAGUGCAUUUCAAUGAGUCUGGCACAAUUACAACGAUAUGUACGUGGCACGAAAUGGUGCCACUACUUGCUGUAGGAUCCUAUAAUCAAGAGAAAGGUGGAUUUGUCACGAUAUUUGAUGAAACAGGCGAACCGCUACCAGAUAUUACUUAUCCAGUGCAUCCUGUAUCUCAAAUAACGUCGUUGGUUUGGCACCCAGAAAAGAAAAUUCUUGUGACCGGCUGGGAAAAUGGAGAAAUUAGCAUUUGGCAUGGAUCAAGUGCAGCGAGAAACUUCAUAAACGUAAAUGGACCCCAUACAUCACCUGUGACUUUCCUGCUUUUCAGCGAAGUCGGAGGAAGAUUGGUGUCUGGCGACUCGACUGGUAUAUUGGUAGGAUGGAAAUACGAUGCAACAUCUUUCUAUCUGACUGCAUUUCAUCAUGAUUUGAAGGAUCCACUAACUCACAUAACUUUUCGAUUGAGUGUUUUAUCAAAAUCGUCUUCGGAAUUACAACAUUUAGCACGUGCGGCCGUAAACGGCGAUGAAAAUGCUCUGGAUGCGCUGAGCUCCUGGCGACCCCGAACCAACGCCAGAACACAGGUUGCUCCAAGGACUAAGGACAAUACGUGCUUUUUCGUUUCCACACAAUCAGGUCUUUUAUAUUAUGUCAAUCAAUCAGGAACGUGCACAGAAAUAAUGCAAAUGGAAUCGCCUUUGAAUUAUAUGUUAUAUCACCCAAAUAAAGACGAAUUGAUAAUUAUGAAUGAAGGUUUAACGUUAGAACACUACACAGUCGAUUCACAGGGAAGAUUGAGCGAGUUGGCCAAAAUCAAAUUAAGCGGUCGGACACAAGCACUGAGGGGCACUUCUAGUCAAGGAUUAGUCUGGGUUGGCGGAACUUCUUUUGCUGUAUUAACAGGUGAUAUGACAGUACGUGUUUUAGAUUUAGAAACCGGAGAUAACUAUUUGUUACCCACUGAACAAAAUUCACCUGCAUCAAAUCUUCACACGAACACCGAACUUUUCACCAGCAUAGCAUUCUGCAAAUUCAAUCGAACUCUUUGCGCAGGAACAAACCUUGGCCAAUUACACAUUUGGUCUUGCAGAAAUAUUCUAUCGUAUUCUGAAUUUCCUGAAUCAAACUGGACCUUAGAAAAUAUUAGCAGCAUAAAAGGCACUGUGAAAGAAAUUGUAUGGGGCAACGUGAGUUAUAGAAAUCCAUACUUAUGUGUAAAUUGCGUGACCAAUGUGUUCAUUUUGAAGAAACAGUCAUUAUGUAGCUAUUAUUGUGAAAAUUUGUGUGCAAUCCAAUUAAGUUCUACUCAACUUUUGAUACAAAACAAAACAAAUAAAGUUGUUCAAAAUUACGAAAUUCAAGUACAAGUUUUAUGCUUAAGUAGUAAUCACAUCGUGGUGUCUAAUGGAAGAAUAGUUUUAGUAUUUCAAGUUGUAAGCUCCAAUAAAAGUAUUACUGGUAGUAUAGAAUUUAAAGUUUUGGGAAACUUUACGUGUGAAUCGGAAAGACUGUUGAUUUACGAACAUAUUAUUAUAGCUUUGAUGUCAAAUUCUGUUCAAACACGUUCCUUAAAUGGCGUUCUAUUAAAUACUAUUAAAACCAGUGAUAUUGAAGGUGAACCUAUAGGUAUCGAAUUGACCAACAAAUUUCUUUGUGUGUUUACCAUGAACGGUUAUCUUAAACUAUAUGAUAUAUCGCCCCAUGAACCAAAAUUAUUGACCAAUUCUAAGUAUCUGGGAGAUGAUUUGAAUGAUUUCGGUGAAAUUAUUUCAGCAAAAUCAAAUUGUAGUGGGACAGCUGUGGCUAUAUUAGUUGCAAAUUCGCAGUUAAUACCGGAUGGUAAACUAUACUCGUGGGAUCUGGAAACCGACAUCUUAAGUGUGUAUGAUUUUCUAAAUGAAUCGAAUGCUAACAAUGUUAUAAACUUAACUGAUAGUGCGCAGACAAAAUGUGAAGCAGUUCUGAGCAGGACUAUACCCGUCAAAUUUUUUUGGGAUUCAAAUGACUAUCGUUUAUUGGCAGUAGAAAGCAAAACGCUGAUUAGUGAUUCUACGCGGGAACCUGGUAAACAAAAUGGUUACAGCGCGAAUGGUGCUACAAACAAAUCCGACAAAAAUAAGGAUAAAUCGCCAGGAGUGUAUAUAACAUGCCUAUUCGUGACAGAAUUUGGAUUUAAUGUUAUGUACAGAUGUCACUAUUCUUCGGGGUAUCUAAUGGGACUGACGGCUCCAAAUUUGAUAAUGCACGGAUUGAGAACAGUGACCAAAGUUCUAGUAAAACAUUUUGAAGGUCUUGAAGAAUGCGACGAAGGAAUAAGAACAGCUGUUUUGGAUUUUGCUUAUUAUUUAUGUUUAGGUAACAUGGACCAGGCAUUUAAGGCAAUACAUUUAGUACAAAGCAAUGCUAUUUGGGAAAAUUUAGCCCGCAUGUGCGUCAAGACCCAGCGUUUAGAUGUCGCAUUAGUUUGUCUGGGGCACAUGAAAAAUGCAAGAGCUGCCAAAGCAGUACGUGAGGCCAUGAACGAUCGCGAUCUGGAGCAAGAAGCUAAGACCGCUAUGUUAGCUGUACAACUUGGAAUGCAUAAUGAAGCAAAACUAUUAUAUGAGAAGUGUAAUCGUUGGGAUCUAUUAAAUAAGCUCUAUCAAGCUCAAGGAAGAUUUGAUGACGCCAUUAGAAUAGCAAAAGAAGAAGAUAGAAUCCACUUGAAAAAUACAUAUUAUCAUUUCGGAAAACACCAAGAGAAAUCUGGAGAUUUAAACAAAGCUAUAGAUCUCUAUUAUAAAGCGAAUUGUAAAAGUGAAAUACCAAGACUUUUAUUGCAGCAUCCUUUGGCUCUACAGGAUUAUAUGGAGCAGACAACCGAUCAGGAUAUGUUGAAAUGGUGGGCGCAAUAUGUUGAGAGUAGAGGAGAUAUUGACAGGGCACUAAAACUUUAUGGAAAGGCUAACGAUUGCGUUUCUCAAGUAAGAAUCUUAUGUUUCAUGCGCUUGGAAAAUAGUGCCGCAGAACUUGCAAUGUCAUCAAAUAGUAAAGCAGCAUGCUAUGAAUUGGCAAGACAUUAUGAAGCAACUGAAAACGUGGAGGAAGCGAUACAGUUUUUCAGACGUGCCCAAGCUUUCGGCAUGGCUAUGAGACUUUGUCGCGAGCAGAACAUGGACGAAAUACUUUGGGGACUCGCAUUGUCUGCGACACCAGCACACAAAAUAGAGGCUGCCGAAUACUUCGAAACAGCUGGCGAUAUGCAAAAAGCGAUUUCUUUGUAUCAUAGAGCAGGUUUGCUUCGUAAGGCUCUGGAAUUAUCUUUCAAUUCGCAGCAGUUCGAUACUUUGCAAGACAUCGCGGCCGAUUUGAACAAAUCGAGUGAUCCAGAACUGGUCAAAGAAUGCGCAGAAUACUUUGUUAACAACGAACAAUAUGAGAAAGCCGUAGAUUUGCUAGCGAUUGCUAAUAAGUAUACUGAGGCUCUGGAUAUAUGCGCAGAACAUACAGUAAACAUAUCAGAAGAACUAGCCGAACAUCUGAGUCCUGCAAAAAACAGUAUAGACGAAAGAGAGCGGUUAUCAAUAUUAUACAAACUAGCUGAGAUUCUACAUGCUCAAAGAAAUUACCAUUUAGCUACUAAAAAAUUCACACAAGCGGGAGAUAAGAUUAGAGCAAUGAAAUCAUUAUUGAAGUCGGGGGAUACCGAGAAGAUAAUUUUCUUCGCUGGUGUAUCACGACAAAAAGAGGUUUAUGUGAUGGCUGCAAAUUAUCUACAGGCAUUGGAUUGGCAAAGCAACCCAGAUAUCCUGCGCAACAUUGUGUCAUUUUAUGCAAAAGGAAAAGCUCAUGACUUGUUAGCAAAUUUCUAUGUGGCAUGUGCUCAGGUUGAAAUCGAUGAUUUUAAAAACUAUGAGAAAGCUCUGAGCGCUUUGGGAGAAGCGGCCCGCUGCUUAUCCAAAGUUGAUCAUGAUCCACGGUCUAUGGAAAUUCUAACAUAUAGGCAAACACUCGUAAAAAGAUUCCUGGAAUGCCAAAGAACGAUGGAUAGAGACAUAAAUACAGGAAUAAUUCAAUGCAGACAAUUACUACGAGUAGACGAAUCAGAAAAUCCUGUGAGAAAAUUCGAUAUUUUGUCAUUACUAAUCGAGCAAGGAGCGAAACCAGGAGGCGACCGAGAAAUCGCCAUCGAGGCGCUGAGAGAGAUCCAGCGUAUACAAGGAGGCAGCGUUACGAGGCGCAUACCGCGCGAAAUAUUUGGUAGUAAUUUAGCAUUUGGUGCCUAA